AUGGUUAGCGUUGGUGAAACUGUUGCCGCGAAAGCUGUUUAUAAUCCUGACUUGCCCAUUAAGUGGAACGCAGAACAAGUCUGGAGAGUUGAACCUGAUCGUGCUGAUGACCGGCGCCCAAAUCCGGAUGCAGUACAUGUCCGCCCAAUCGGUAGAUACGAAAACAGGGAAUUUUCUGGUCGAGAAGAUAGGCGUCACAAGACGGAUUCUGACAGACCCCAUUCACGACCAGCUGAAUCCCGUAGCCGAAGUCCUCCGUUUUCUAGAAGCCACAAUAGCGUCCAUCCAAAAGAUCCCAGCCAAGUCAACAAAAUGGCCGUCCGUCUCGUAAAUGUGGAGGAUCACGACUGUCCUCCCGAUCCUUCCUACGCUGUUGGGGUUAUUUUGCUGGGAUGUCCACCUCCUAAUGACUUAUUUGAACGUUGCGUUGGAUCAACUUCAGAUACGAAACCUCGGCCUUUCACUAAAUGCAUCAAUAUGUUGACAAUCUCCCAGGAAGGUCUUCGUGCGGUAGGCAGUGAUUGGAUUCCUGACCUGGAUGGCCCAGAUCCUGGAAAAAAUCCACAAACAUUGAUUAAUACGGCCAUUCGUGCUUGUAAAGACAUGAUCGGCCUCGACUUGUCGGAAUGCACCCGAUGGUAUCGGUUCCUCGAGUUCCGGUAUAGUCGAUCAGAGGGACAAUCCUGGCCAAGUGUUGACGAGCUGUUUUCCAAGGGCGAGCGCUGGGGCACUGCAUGCGAAGAAAUUGAUCAGUCGCAUUUCCAAUCCACCUCAGCAACUAGCAAGCACUCCACACAACAAAACGCCGACCCAAAAGGUGAUUCAAAAAAGACACAAACUUCUGACGAGGACUCCGACGAUCAACCCCCACAUCGCGUCGUUGUCUACUUUAUGCCCGACAUUUGGUCCAUUAUGCCUAAUAAACGCUGUUGGGAGGCUAUUAAAGCCAAAUACCAAGACCCGAAUUCUUAUUGUACCCCCAAAGACACUUUCAUAUCCUCUAAAGUUUCUGAACCGGUCCCCACUGGUAAUGUGGAAAGCAAAAAUAGUGAAAUAGACACGUCAACUAAAAACGAGUUACAAGAAGGCGAAAAGAAAUCGAUGGAUGCAUUGGAACCAUCACCAUUCGAAGACAUCGAUUCCAUCAAAAAGGAAACAGAGGAAGAGGGAGGUGUUGCUGAUAAUGAUGAGAAAUUUGGCGAAUGGACGGAAUUAGAGGAUCCUCGUAAAUUACAUCAUAGCAAAGUCGAUAUCAACUCAUUAAAGGUAUCUGAGUUACGUGAACAGCUUUCGGCCCGUAGACUCGAUGCAUCUGGUCUGAAAAAUCAGCUUUUUAAUCGGCUCAAGGCUGCCCUACAAGAAGAGAAGGAAGAUGAGGAAAGAAAAGCGGAAGAAGAAAGAGCCGCGGCAGCUGCAGAAGCCGAAGCAGCAGCAGCGGCAGCAGCAGAAAUGGCUGCCAAAGAGGCCACUCUGAUUGCCGUUGGGAAACCAGAAGAUGCCGAUGUCGGCGGCGCUGCUUCAAACGAGAAGCCUGAAAUCAAGUUACCAGUCCUGCCCGAACAGCCUUCUCUAAUAGUUCAACUUAAACAGAACUCCUCCUUCUCUCUCGUUGUCUGCAGUCUGGAGAUUCGAGCUCUGUGUGCCAAUGUGAUAAAUGAAAAUAGGCGCCUUUACUAUCGUGGUCUGACCGACGUGCCCGAUGUUUCGUCUGCCGGCGUAUCCAUCAACACUAUCGCUAAAUCCGACGCGAAAGACAGCGGUGGUAGGACUUCGGCCUCGACAAGUCGUGCUUCGACGAAGCGUCCCUUCGAGCCAACGCACGACCAGCUUUUUACAGACUUAAAUGGAGCACCUCUUUCAAAUAUUGAUGAUGAAGAGUACCUGCAGGAGUUAGUCAGGGGCGGCGACGCCAUUCUGGAAGAUGGGGACGAGGAUGAAGAUUAUCAUCGAAAUGUUUCGGCUGGCGUCAUAGUCUACGGUGGUACCACAGUGCUGCCAUCAGAGUCGGCAGGAGCACAUGUUGCGGCCAGUGAAACCUUCCUUAAGCAAUUAAGGCGCGUGGAAACCCAGGUGCUUCGCCUUCAACAAACUGUGAAAACACAAAAUGCAACUCUUGCUGCUCUUCGACAGGAAAACAGCGCAAUUCCACGUUUGCAACAAAAGUUAAAGAGGGCAAACGCCACCGCCGAUUACUACCACAAUCGAUGUCGCGACCGCCGUUCUACUCUCUCCUCCACCUUGCAGCAACUUGAGGCUCAGGCUUGCAUCCUUGAGUCGACUUCAAACACCCUACGAUCCGUUGCAAGACGCGUCAAACGCGACCUUAGUGUGGGCGAAUCAUCCAAGUCGUCUCCUUCCUCGCUCGCCUCUCGACGUACGUCCUCGCGGACGCCAUCCGUUGCCCCGCAAUCGACCACUAAUUCUUAUCGUCCAAAGCGUGAUCCGCCCCCUAGACCAGAAGGUCUAACCGGCAGCAAAGCUGAUUUGAAAACGCCGGAUGAUGUGCUUGACGCCUCCACUUUCAUUCCGCCCGAAAGUACCAUUGAACUGGAGGAGGCAUCUACGAAGGUGGAAGCUGGGCAACCCGGUGGAUUGGAAGAAAUGGCCCAUUCAUCGACAGAAGAAAGUGGCGUAGGGCCAACACUCAACAAUGAGUUUGACGUCAAUUCCGAAGGCAGUCUGGAGAGCGCACCCGAGUAG